CAAGGGAUUAACUCCACUACGCUUCUCUCUCUACAAUUACUCUUUGAGAGCAUCUCUCUCUAGAAUAUUGAGUAUUGCUGACUUGAGCGUCGGAGUGUUUUCCCCGAGGAAAUAUCUUCAGGAUUUUCAGGUGUGGAAGCAGCCGAAGACUUCAACAGUGUUGGAUCGUGAAGCUACCCAAACAUUUGGCGCCAUCUAUGGGAAACUGAACAAGAAGUUGUGUAGCUUAACCAGCUGAAAGACAAGAUGGUUCGAACUUUUACAGGAAGUCGCCCUCUAAGAAAUGAAAUUGAUGAACAGGAGGACACUCAACUAUCUGAGCUCGGCAUGAAUGAUUUUAGGCCAAUGCCGAGAAACCUUUUUGUUGGGGGAGCCGAACAGGAGCAACUUAGCAGAACAAAUGAUGAUGAAAGAACACCAACUGGGUACACAACCCAGCCUGAACAAUUCCAAAUUCCAACAAGAACAAGGCAGAGACGUCCCAGACUAGGCAAUUCACAACAAGAACAACCUGAGAGGUCAACAGAACCUGCUCGGACAACCGAGCUCGAAGAGAGAACCAGAGUUCUCGAAAUGGAAAUGGGUAAAAUCCUUGCCCGUCUGAUCCCAGAUGACCCCUUAAUUCCUUUGUUGAAUAGGGAUGCACAGCCAGCUGCGGUUGUUGCAACUCGAAACUCCCCCGCUCUGAGCAAUAUAGUAGUGCCGACCAAACCAAGGGGAAGUGGGAGGUUGAAUAACGAGCCUAGCUCGUCCAAACACAGUGAAGAACUGAUGAGAAAGAAUGCAGACCUUAAAAGGCAGCUAUGGGACGCCAUCAUGAGAAUCCAAAAUGCCAACGACGCCAUGAUGUGCAAAGUGUUCCCAACGACACUGAAGUCAACGGCCAGAAGAUGGUAUCAUAAACUCCCCAGACACUCUAUAGACUCAUACUCCCAGCUCGCCAAGCUAUUCUCCAACAAAUUUGUGAGCCAAAGGGAGAUCAAACGUAUAGCGACCGAGCUGAUGCAGUGUAGUUGGUUCCUAGACGACCUGCUAGAGAAUCCACCUAAGUCGUGGAAUGAAGUCAAUGAUAGGUCGGCUAGCUUCAUACUGUUAGAAGACUUCCAAUCGUCCAAGCGACGAGCUGAUGAUAAGCAGAGCAAAAGCCACGAAAAACCACCGAGGAGAGAGGAAAAGAAAAAGCAGAAAGUCAAUGAGCAGUGGGGGGAGCCAGCUGACUUCCCGAAGUAUGCUAACUACAUCCCUUUGACCUUGCCAAGGGCAGACAAGAGCAAGCAUUGUGACUACCACCGUGCAUAUGGUCACAACACAGAAGACUGCCAACACUUGAAGGAUGAGUUGGAGUUCUUAGCUCGCAAUGGAAAAUUAGAAGGAUAUGUACAGAAGCCCUACACCCAACAACCAACUCAAGCUCACUUUGUGCAGGGAGCAUGCAGGGGCCGUCAGUUCAAUAGGCGAGGCCAAGGACAGAGAACUGCCACCCAGAACCAAAAAGACAGGAAAGAGGUAGGUUAUGCUGGGAUACGCCCGCCCUCGGGCACAAUAAACAUGAUUUCAGGUGGUAUACACUCCGGAGGCCAAAGCGCUCGGGGCCGUAAGGCAUAUGCCGGGCAGGUGAUGAUCAUUAACAAGAACAGACCCUUGAAGUGGCCGUUCGAAGAGGCGAAGUGGGAGAAUGCGGCCAUUCCAUUCAGCCCGGUAGAGUAUAAGCGAGCAGAAGGAGAGCCCGAAGUUAUGAUGCCUCAUGCACACCCUUUUGUGGCAACGAUCCAUAUAGGCAAUCAUAACGUCAACAAGGUCUUCAUUGAUACUGGUAGCUCACCAGAUAUCCUAUAUUGGAGUUGCUUUCAAAAGAUGCAACUGAAUCCGAGCUCGCUGCAGAAGUAUGAAGAGCCCAUAUAUGGGUUUGAUAACCAACCCGUCCCGGUUGAAGGAGUUAUUACUCUUCCCAUAUAUGUGGGCUCAGAACCACGCUUCAGGAUGGCUUCUGUUAACUUUCUAGUUGUCAAGAUGGAAUUAGCUUUCAAUACUAUAUUAGGAAGAGCCACCAUGUGUGAGCUGAAGGCUGUUGUUUCACAACUCCAUCUCUGUAUGAAAUUCCCAACUCCUCAGGGGGUAGGAGUGCUUAAGGAGAACCAGAAGAUGGUCAAAGCCUGCUAUCAAGAUACAUUCAAGAAGGUUGAGCUCGCUGCAGCCCCGAGAGACUCUUCUGAAAGUCAUAGGCCGACUCAACUCGGUCAGCAGACAAUGAGCAUAUCGGAUAUCGAGCAUCGACCUGAGGGUGUUGAGCAGAAAGCUGAGCCAGUGGAACCAAUGGAAACAGUGGAAACAGUCCCCCUAAACCCUGAUGUGUCGGAAAGAACAGUUAAGAUCAGCAUCAAGCUCACAGAAGAGGAGCGAGUAGAGCUUCUGAAGUUUUUAAGGGUUAAUCAAGAUGUGUUUGCAUGGACUACGGAUGAAAUGCCUGGCAUUCCAGCAGAGUUGACAGUCCAUAAGCUUAGCACGGACCCCACCAAAAGGCCGGUGGUUCAGAAGCGUCGCCUUUUUGGCCCUAAGAAGCAAGCUGCUAUAGACGAAGAAAUAAAAAAGCUAUUACCAAGGAUGUGCAUUGAUUUCACCAACUUAAAUGAGGCGUGUCCAAAAGACCCUCACCCCUUACCAAAUGUUGAGAAGCUGGUAGAGCGAGCAGCCGGGCAUGAACGAAUGAGUUUUCUUGAUGCCAACUCAGGAAUUGAGGUAAAUCCAGAGAAGGUUCAAGCCGUUCAGCAGAUGGAGCCGCCCAGGACUGUAAAAGAUGUGCAGCGUCUAACGGGUCGUGUUGCUGCGCUGCAUAAGUUCAUAGCCAGGUCGGCAGAAAGAUGCCUCCCGUUCUUUAAUGCCCUGAGAGAGCCCAAGAACUUUCAGUGGACAGAUGAAUGUCAACAGGCGUUUGAUGAGCUUAAACAAUAUCUGGCAUCAGCACCCAUACUGUCUAAACCCGUGGAAAGGAAGAGUUUAUACCUGUAUCUGGGGGUCACAAAGGAGGCAGUAAGUUUGGUUUUGCUAAGGAAAGAAAAUAAGCAUCAGAAGCCUACCUGCUAUGUGAGCAAGGUUUUACAAGGCGCAGAACAGAAUUAUCCACUAGCAGAAAAGGCUACUUUUGCCCUGGUCUACACGGCUCGAAAAUUGAGAGCUUACUUCCAAUCACAUCAAAUUGUUGUUUAUACCGAUCUGCCGUUGAGAAAGAUACUGCAGAAGCCUGAACUCUCUGGUCGGCUUAUCGAGUGGAGCAUCAAGCUGAGUGAGUAUGACCUCAAAUUUCAGCCGCGCACAACCAUAAAAGGCCAAGCAGUGGCGGACUUCCUAGUGGAGUGCCUUUCGGUGACUGUCGGAGAUAAGGCACCCGAACACCCAGUCUGGGUCUUGUAUGUAGAUGGGGCUGCUAACAUUGAAGGAUCAGGUGCUGGGGCUGUGUUAGUGGGCCCAGAUGGCUUUAAAUUCAAGCAUGCAUUAAGAUUUAAGUUUCAGACUACUAAUUAUGCUGCAGAAUAUGAAGCCCUCAUUUAUGGCUUAAAGCUGGCAUCCGAGCUGAAAGUGCAGAGCAUUAAGAUCGACAAGAUACCCAGAGCAGAUAACCAACGAGCUGACGAGCUAUCAAAAGUAGCCUCCUCGCAAGAUAUCAACCCUCAGAGGUCAACAAUUGUGGAGGUACUUGACACCCCGAGCUACACCGAUUUCACAAUUGAGUGUCAGCUACUAAGCACAGAUCCCUUUUCACCGAGCUGGACUACCCCGCUCAUAGAUUAUCUGCAAAGUGGCGAGCUGCCUGAAGAUCCGUCUGCUGCAAAGUUGAUUAAACGCAGGGCGGCACAUUUCACCUUGUUAGAUAAUCAGCUCUACAAACAAGCAGCCUCAAUGCCCCUAUUACGCUGCCUUACUCUUUAUGAAGCUGAAUACGCUGUGAGGGAAGUUCAUGGAAGAGUAUGUGGCACACAUAUAGGUGGUAGAACUUUAGCUCGGAAACUCCUGAGGCAUGGUUAUUACUGGCCUACUAUGGUUGAGGACACACAGAGCUAUGUCAAAAAGUGCCCGACCUACCAGUUCAAUGCUGAUGAUAUUCACAUGCCAGAAAUGCUCUCAUCACUCUCAUCUCCCUGGCCUUUUGCUCAAUGGGGAGUCAACCUGCUCGGACCUUUUGUGAAUGGCAAAGGAGGUUGCACAUACCUAGUUGUCGCAGUGGAUUACUUCACGAAAUGGAUAGAAGCCAAAUCCUUAUCCACGACAACAGAGAAGAAAAUAGAGGAAUUCUUGUUCAAUUCAAUAUUAUGCAGAUCGGCCACAGGCGAAACCUCAUUCAGCCUCGCCUAUAAAGCUAAGGCCGUCAUCCCUGUAGAGGUCAGAUUACCAUCUGAUAUAGCAGGUCGGCACAACGAUCCUAACAAUGAGCAACUUUUAAGAGAGAACCUAGACCUUGUGGAAGAGGUCAGGGAGAUGUCUCGAAUAAGAAACAUGGCACAUCAAAGUCGUGUCGCUAGAUUUUAUAAUAAGCGAGUCCGAGCUCGUCAAUUUCAAGUUGGUGAUCUGGUUUUGCCCAAGGCUGGGCUCACUAAUGCUUACUCACAUAUGGGGAAACUUGCACUGAACUGGGAGGUCCCUAUAUGGUUGUUCAAGUUAAGCGACCUGGAUCCUAUGUGUUGGCAGAUCUACAAGGUCGUCCGUUACCAUUCAUUUGGAACAUACAUAACCUUAGAAAGUUUUAUAGUUAACAUUUCGAUGUUGUUAUCUUCAUUCAAGAUUAUUGUCAAUCAAAUGUAAAGGACAAUGUAUAGAACAACACGCAGCAAUAUACACAGAAAUUUCAA